AUGGAACAGAGUCCGAAUUUCAAAACAAAUUUGAACAGUGAAAUGAGCGAUUUGGUGCAUCAAGCGGAAGAAUGGGCUCAAAUGCGUCAAAUGUCACCCCACCUUCCACAACAAAAUCCAGAAUUAGAGGGAAUAUUCAAAAAAGUACUCUGCAAAGCAUCGUUGUUACUUUUGGAGAAAUCAGGAGUGAAGACUGUGGAUGCAUUUCAAAAAUAUUUUGGUCCGUUAAUUGAAGAAAUGGAAAGAGAAAAAGUAGUGGAGAAAGAAGUGAUAGAAGUACAACGAGAUGGAGCAGUUUCACCGAUUUCUUUCGAAGAAUUUCAGAACAAUCCAAAAAUAGGCUGGUCUGAACUGCUCGAAGAGCCUUUCACAUCUUCAUCUCCCUACAAUUAUCGCCGUCGAACUUCAUUGUUUUCUGAUCUUAAUCUUCUAUCUCCAAUUGCUUCGGAAGCAAGUAAAUCUCCAGAAAAACUGAAAAGAUCUCAGAUGACAGCUGCUCGAUCCAUCAAUAAAAAACCCUUCUUCAAUUCGAUGUCAACUCCGAAAACUCCGUGGAGAAGAGGAAAUUCAAUGUAUGUGGAAGAUAGUCUCAAUAAGACAAUGAUAGUUACUCCAAGAAAGUCUGUGAGCGCAACAAGAUUGGCUUAUCCAUCUCCCAGUCCAUUGCCUGACGAGACACCUUUGGAGAAUCGAGCAAGUAGAUUGAGACGAAUGAAAAUAGACGAGAAGUUGCGUGAAGAAUCUUUUGGAUGGAAAAAAGGGAAUAUAUUCGGAUGA